AAUGCGCCGAACUAGCAGGCGAUGCUUUGUCUGAAGCCAGCAUCCUACACGGAUUGAGUAUAAAGCGGACCGGACCUGGACGAUCCGCUCGUUUCUCUCAGCAGGAAGACCGGGGUCCUGAAACCGUUACAUGCGCUCUACUUCCGGAUCACCACUAACGCUCGCUUCGUUGUAGACCUCAUCCCACGAAUGUUAUUUUAAGAGUGAUUGUCUUUUUUUCGUUUUUUUUUUUCUUUUUUUAUAAUCGGCGUGUGUCUGAAAGACGAGCCGCUCCUCGAGAUCCCGAACCGAGCCGCGCGCGUUACCCAUACUCGAGCAACUGUUGGAUUUACGCGUUUAAAUGAAACUUGUAAGAUUUAUGAACAAUCGUGCACCAUCUAAUAAGAGAUAUCAGCCAACAGAAUAUGAGCACGCUGCUAACUGUGCCACACAUGCGCUCUGGAUCAUUCCCAGCAUUGUGGGUGGGAUCUUGUUGUACCUCUUAUCUGAUGACCACUGGGAGGAGAUUUCAGCAUGGCUCUAUGGGGCAGGACUAUCAAGCCUUUUCAUCAUAUCCACCGUUUUUCAUACUGUCUCCUGGAAAAAGUCUCAUCUCCGAUCAGUCGAGCACUGUUUCCACAUGUGCGACAGGAUGGUGAUAUAUUUCUUCAUUGCGGCGUCCUACACACCUUGGCUGACGCUGCGGGAUCUUGGCCCAUGGGCUGCCCACAUGCGUUGGGUGGUCUGGGUGAUGGCAACUGGAGGAACCGCCUAUGUGUUCUUCUUCCAUGAAAGGUUUAAAGUUGUAGAGCUGAUCUGUUACAUAGCUAUGGGUGUUUUCCCAGCUCUUGUCAUCCUCUCUAUGGCAGACAGGUCAGGUCUGUGCGAGCUGUUGGUUGGCGGCGGGUGUUAUGUGCUGGGCAUGGUGUUCUUUAAAAGUGAUGGAAUAGUGCCCUUUGCUCAUGCUAUAUGGCAUCUGUUUGUUGCAAUGGGAGCAGGCGUCCAUUACUAUGCCAUCUGGAAGUACCUGUACACGCCUGUCAAUCAACCAACCAGUACGGCUCGGUGACACACACACUCACACACCUAACCUAACACAAUCAUUCGAAGAUAUAUUUGUCACUAAAGUGCUACUAAAGCAUAAGCGGUAUUGUUUAUUUGCUCUAUUGUGUUUUUGCUUGCGAGCGGUUUGACCGAUGUCGUUCUUGUCACUUAUUAAUAGGUCUUUAACUAGCACACACAACAGAAAUUACAUCUAGCCUUUGCGAGACAGCAGGAAGCAGGGGUCAUUUCGGACCCGAGGCCGUGUGGAUCCAGAACAAGAACGCUUCUAGAAAACCGUGGACGCGUUGCAUGAAGGUUUACUAUUGUUUUCAAAAGCGAAGGUAAAAUCACUGCCAGAUAUUUGUAAAAACAUUCAUCCUGGAUAGUAAUUACUUGACGACGUCGAUGAGGUUUUUCUGUAGUGUCUUUAAACCGACUUGGGAUUAUUCCACUGAAUCUGCCACUGCCAGUGUGGAGAUUGUUUUAUUCCUGUCAGAAAUAUGAGCGCAUUUCGUAUUACUGCACACAGUAUCAGCUCUCCAUGCUUCCAGUCUAGUGCUAGUCUGUCGCAUUUUUGGAUGUGUAAUGUCUUUGGAAAAUGCCAUAAGUGCUUGAUGACUGUGUCCAGGGAAAGGUUUGCCUGACUGGUCAUCUGAUUACAUUAUUCAAUGGAAAAGUUCAGGCUCUCGUAUUAUGAUUGUGCAUUUUUUUUUAUUUUAAGACGUGUUUAAUGUGGUAACAUCUAUUUAUUAAUUUUUAAUCAAGUCAGAGUAUUAUUUAAUAUUCUAAUUAAUAUUUAACGACUGAAUCACAAUGGAUACAUCAUAGGAUUACACCAACAAACCAUUUUAAGCUUUAACACAUUUACAGUUUUUGCGCCAUUGAGACUUGCUUGGUGCCAAUGAAAACGCGUUUUGGUUGUUAUUUAUUCGUUUCAAUUUACAGCUGCUGUAGAUGUUGUGUUACAGAUCAUUUUAUAAGGGAACUUAAUAGGGUGUGAAAAACAUUGUACACUGAAAAUCAUCAGCUACUCAUUUUUAUCAUUUAACUAAUUCACGAACAGGAACUACAUUUUGAGAGAAAACUGAUGCACUGACUUCACCUCAGAUCAGUUUGAGUGUCAUUAAAGAAACAAUGCAUCCAAAACUGAAACCUGUCAGCAUUUACUCACACGUUUAGUUCCAUACCUGCGUUUUUUUGUCUUUCUUUUGUAGAAUUCUAAAUGAAACAUUUAGCAGAAUGUCCAGGCUGUUUUCUUUUUUUUUUAAUUAAUCGCAUAAAAAAGU